AUGGUCGCAACCCUCGACCACCGCCGUGACCAUAUAUUCAUUCGACCCGGUGUAGAGGAACACUUACGUCAAGCAGCCGGCCAAACAUUGGCAACGUGGGUCAUUGGCCAUGGGCCUAAGUCUCCUGAGGAGGUGGCGAUCUGCCAGGCACUUCUCGAGAGAUACCCGGAGCCUCACCUGACGACUCAAGGUCAAUAUAAGGCACGCCUUGACAUUCAAGCACGUGGUGCACCGGUCUCACCGAUCAAGUGUAUACUCAUUCUCUUGUGUGCAGGCGAAACAGAGAGCGAAGAAGACAAUGCUUUCGUCCACUAG